CCAGCCGGUCGUGAAAGUGUUUCGUGAUGUAAAACCUUAUCGCAUUUAGUUUUAAAUGCAAUCAAUUAUUAUUUUCAAAUUAAGAAACAAGUAGAAUAGGUUUCGAUAUUAAUAAGAUUGUUAGGUCUGAAGUCGUUUUAACACAAGUAAAAAAAAAAAGAAUUCGUGAAAACAAGCGUUUACCAGGAAUCCAAGUAGUGAUUAUCAUUUGACAGUGCCAAGAAUAGUUUCUUUUUUUUUCUUCUUUAGAAAGAAACAAAUUUUAAGUGCGCGUUUGACGGUCCUGCUUCCUAAAGGACUAUCGAAUCGUUAGAGAGAAAACAGAGAACAAAACUUUCAAUACUACUCUCUCCAUCUUCCCGGAGAAAAUGGUUUCGUGCACAUGGUGACAUUUCUGAAUACAAACAAGGUGGUGAAUAUGCACUAUAUUCUAAUGACAAUGGGCUGAAGUAUUCUGGAUUACAAAUCUAAUAUAUAGCUUCAAUAUACCUAAAAUAAAAGCAGGUUAUACAAACAAUGGCAACAGUAGAAGAGAAGAAGCGAGUAGGAGGCUCCAAGGUUUCAGCCAUAGCAAAUAUUUUUCAAUCAAAACCACAACUGGAUAAUUUAACUCACAAAGGAAAUGCAAUUUUAUCGGAUGGGUUUAAGGAACCAUCUGUUCCUUUAAAAGAAUCACCUACACAAGUAACAGUUGUAAGAACAGAAAGUCAUGUGGCACGUUUCAAUAAUGCUCGUGCAUUAUUUGAAAAACUUGGUGAAGAAAAUAAACCAAACAGACCUGUUGAUCGUAUUACAAAGCCAAGUAAUUUGCAUGGCCUGCGUUCUCGCUCUAGCUCUGCGAAUUCAGGUUCUGGGUGUACUUCUCCAGCUAGAUCACCACGACCGCGUUCUCCAUCACCACCAGGAACUAGAGAUCACUUGAGUAAUUGGAGUGCAAGUGUACCAACUUUAAAUGCAGAAAGACAUUUUGAAAAUGGACAUAAUUAUGGUUUGGACAAUGUGACCGACAAAUUUAAAGCGCGCAUUCCAUUUAAUAAAAGCGAAAAAAAUUAUGGAAAAGAAAAUCGUUUGGAUGAAAGACCAGAAAAACCAGAGAAACCAGAAAGAAAAUUAAAUUCAAAAGAAUUAAUAGAGAAACAAAAAAAUUGGACAAGUCAUUUUUCUAAAACUAGACCAAGUAGAUAUAAUUCUGAUCCAAAUCGAUCAGUUGUCCAAAUUUCUUUAAAUCAGAAUUUUAAUAAAUUUUCUGGUGAUAAUAAUUCUACAGGACUUAAUGAGAUUUCAAGUAAUGUAGAAAAUGAUACUAAAAGAUCAGCAGAUGUAUCUGCAAGUCCAGCAAUAAGAUCUGCAAGUUUUUGUUCCGCAAGGUCAUCGGCUGCUACAUCUCCUCCUCCACCUCCACCACCAACAAGGAAUUCUUCCAAUGCUAAUACAAAAAAAGAAAGACCUGCUAGUAUUGCCUCACUGAGUCCAUCAGAACUUCCUAAUAGUCCAGAAUAUGCUACUAUAAAUAAGUAUUUUGAAACUUCCCCAACUAUACCUGAAUAUGCUGUUGUGCAGAAAGGUUCAAAUAUACAAAAUAGUAAUAAUUUGCAACGAAAUCAAGAACAAAAAGAUGUUUCAAAGAAUGUACUUAAUACAUCUGCACAAAAAACUCAGGAUGUACCUGUACCUGAGUACGCUGUUGUACAAAAAAAUACAACAGGAAAAGUUCUUGCCAAAAAUUCUGAAAUUAUUAAGAACACAGGUACUCAAGCUUCUAAAAGUGUAAUAAAUGCAGGAGUUACUAAAAACAAUUCUACAACUUCAAAUUGUAAUAUUGUUGGACCAAUAAAAUCGAAUGUUCCUUUGGGAGAAAAAAGUUCUGGUACUUCUAGUCCACUUUGUAGCAUGUCCACAGAAAAUACAGUAAGCAAUAUAUCUGAGAAUAAGAUGAGUAAAGAUAUAGAUUUCCUUGAAGCACCAGAUUAUGUAAAUUAUCCUGCAAGUCCUAUACGUUCGCCGCCAAAAACUUCAGAGUGGAAAAAUGAAUGGCUAGCUAAAAAUGAUGAAAUUUUGAAAAAAGCUGCAGAUUUAAAAUCAUCUAGGGAUGCAUUAGAUGUGGAAAUAAAAAAUGAAGUUAUUAGAACUGAUCCAAGACCAGAUUGGGCUAAACCAUAUACGAAUACUACAAAAAGAAAAGAUGUUCUAUUAGAAGAAAAAAGAACAGAAACAACAAGAUCACCAGAAUCUGAUUUAAGACCACCUUCACGGGGUACUGAUAGUGCAUCUUCUAGUAUGAGUUCUCCUAGUUCACCUUCAAAAGACAGUAAAGAAGAAAAAGCUGACAGAGAAAUGUUAGAAAAAUUUCAAGCAGGCCGUAAUAGUUAUGAUUUGGCUUCAGAAGAACAAGAAAAACCAGCCACAUAUACAGAAAUCAUCGCUGAGGAUGAUAAUGCAGCAGAAAAGGAAUCAAAAUUUAAUGAAACAGACACAACUACGGUUGUCCGACGUUCUCAUGUUCGUGUUGAUUUACAAGCUGCUGGUUUGGGACAGCGGCCUCCAUCUGUUGUUAGUUCUGAUCAGGAACAUCCGCUAUUGGAACAUAAAGACAUCCCAGUACCUUCUCCAUAUACAAAGCGAGUGCAACAAAGUCAGGAUAAUGUUGUACAAAAUAAAAUAGAUAGCAAAGCUCAUAUAAAAUCUAAUACAGGAGUAAAUUCUGUUAAAACCAUGCAAGAGAAAGUAAUUCAUAAUGUUCAAGAACCAACGAAAGUAAAUCUUAUGCCUGAAGAGACAAAUCAAAGUAAAGCAUUUGAUAAUAAAUCACAAUCAAAUAUUUCCAACGAGAAGCAGUUAUUAACUGAAAACAUGUGCCAAAAAACAAUGUCUAAUGUUAAAAAUGAUCAAAUAAAAAGUUCUGCUCGAGAAAAAUUGGCAAAAAAUAAAGAAGAGGUUUCUGGAAAACGCUCAAGUUUUAUUGAAGGAGGUAAUAAGAUGGAUCAGAUCGACAAUAUGUCAUCAAAUUACACUGAACAUGCUCCUAUUUCUACCAAUCAUAGCACAAAUAAUAUAACAGAACCAAAUAUCAAUACAACUGAAUUGAAUGAACUUAAACAUUUAGCAGAUCCAUCCAAUUCUGUAAUAAAAACAAUAGCAAACAGAAGCAAUGUAAGCACAGAUGGAUCAUCUAAAUCUUCUAAUUUUAUAAAUAAUAAAAAUGUAGAAGACGUUCAUCCUCAAACGACAUGGGAACAAGAAAAACAAAAAGCUGAAUUAGCUAAAUUACGUUUAUCAGAAAACACUUUUGUAAAUUCAAUUCAGCAAGUAAACAUAUCACCCAUAACAACAUCACAAAAGCACUUGGAAAAAAAGCAGAUUAAUGAACUUCCUACAUCUGAAAAUAGCUUUAUAGAUGAUAGUGAUUCAAGUGAUACUAAAACUAUUACUAAUAUAGAAAAUAUGCCUCCAACAGAGGUACCAGAUAUAAAAAAUCAACAAGAAUUGAAAAGUACAAUAGAAGAAACACCAUCUAAAGCUAAUACUUCUCAAACAGUUCCUAUAACUCCAGAUACCAUGACAGCUGAUGAAGCAGAAAAUUUAUUAAGUUCACGUAUAUUGGAGAAAAAAAUAAGACAAGGAUCAGCUCUAUUAUCGGAUGAAGAAGCACAAGAAAUUGCCAGAUUACUAUCUCCUACAAAUACUACAGAAGCAGCUGAUGAAGAAAUUGCUAUUGAAAAAGAGAAAGAUGUGGAUAAAGAUAAGGAUAGAGAAGAACAAGAUAAUGCGCCAGAUUGGCUUUCUGAUGUUUUAUCUGCUCCUGAUUCCAGUCUUAUCAAUAGCACAACUCAUGAUUAUAGUUUAUCCCACAGAUCACGUAGCGAUUUGACAAUAGAUUCGUUGACGGAGAGUCAAGUGGGUUCAGUAACAGGUAGUGAAAGUGGAUUGCUAGGAUCCGUUAGUAGUUUAAAUGAUACACACGAAACAAAUGAUGACACAGAAACUGAGCACCAAGAAGAUUACACUCCAACACCUGGAAAAAUUAUAUUGGUGGAGAAUGGAGUUCAUUAUUUUGAAGAUGGUCACUUUUGGAUGGAAGUUUCAGGCAUACCAGAGUCUGAAGAUGAAGAUGAAGAUUAUCCAUCUACUGUACCUGUUAAAAAGACUACUAAAGUUUCAUUUGAUACAGGUCCAAUGAGAGUAUAUUCGACACAUUCUGUGAAUGAAUACGAUCGACGUAAUGAAGACGUAGAUCCUAUAGCAGCAAGUGCAGAAUAUGAGCUUGAAAAACGUGUUGAGAAAAUGGAGGUAUUUCCAGUAGAACUUAUGAAGGGACCAGAAGGUUUAGGCCUUAGUAUAAUUGGAAUGGGUGUUGGUGCAGAUGCAGGUCUUGAAAAAUUGGGAAUUUUUGUAAAAACAAUUACAGCGAAAGGUGCAGCCGCACGAGAAGGCAGAAUACAAGUAAAUGAUCAAAUUGUAGAAGUGGAUGGAAAAUCCUUAGUUGGUGUCACACAGGCAUAUGCAGCUAGUGUUCUGCGUAAUACUUCAGGUCUUGUGCGUUUUGUGAUUGGUAGGGAGCGUGAUCCGAAAAAUUCUGAAGUUGCGAUGUUAAUUCGGCAAAGUUUGCAAGCAGAUAGAGAAAGAGAACAAGCUAAUUCUGCUAAUAGAAGACUUAAUUUUUCGGAUGCAUCACCCGAUGGACAACGAAGUGGAGAGGAUGCACCACUUGGUACUUCCAUGGGUGGAAUACCUGGUUCACCAGCAAUGUCUUCUUGCUCCGAGGGAGAACCACCUCAGAGUCCCAUUGAAAGUUAUUUAUCUCCGUCUAGUCGUAGCAGAUCUCCCAUCAUCAGUUCGUCAAUGCCGCCACAUUCUGUACCUACACAAAAUGAUGUUGAUAGUUUGAGGCUACUUUUACAAGAGAGUCAAUAUAAACUUGCAUUAGCAGAUGGAGAGGUGGAAAAACUCAAAGCAAAGUUAGUCGAAUUGGAAAAUAGUGGGGCAGGCAGUGAAGAAUAUGCAGCGAAGUUACGUGAGUCUGGUUUACGACUUCAUGAAUCCGAAAGAGCAUUGAGUACAGCUCGUCAAGAUUUAACUACAGCUCGUGAAAUGCUAUCUCAGGCAACGUCACAGAAUGCUGCAUUACAACAAAAAUAUGCACGUGCAAAAAGAGCAGCGCGAGAACUUCGUACAGAUAUCGCAGCGAGAGAUGAAUUUUAUCAACAGUUGUUACAAGAAAAAGAUACAGAAUAUAAUGCACUGGUUAAAAGUUUAAAGGAUAGGGUUAUUACAUUAGAAGUAGAAUUAACAGAAACACAAAGAAGAUUUGGAUUGCCCGUUCGACUUCCAUAUGAUGGCACCACAGCUAGAAUAGUAACACCACAAUUAUCACGACGUCAAUUGCCACCACCACCUUCUUCAUCUAGUUGUCAACUCUCUGAUACAGAGACAUCAGAUUUGAGCAGUCCAGAUGAUGGAGACAAGACUGCAACCGUUGAACGAAAACUACCACUCCCACUUCCUGUAAAGGAAGAAUUAGAUCGUGCAGUACCAGCUCACCGACUUCUUGAUAAUUCAGCUGGUAAAAGUAAAGCUGAACUUGCAAGUAGAGGUGGUCUUGCUAAUCGUCAACUUCCUAAAAGAUCAGGAGGCCUUAGUAACAGUAGUUCGGAUUAUGGUUUAGAUGAAUCGGGUGAUAAUACUGACGAAGAUUCGUCUUCAAAACAUAUUUCUCAGGACACAAGUAGCAGAUCGCCAAAUGAUCUAACAUCAAAACAAUCAAACUUAAGUUCCUAUUCUAGUAGUUCAUCGAUCAGUUCAUUAAAAGGCAAACAACAUAUUGAAACUACUCAUACAACCACGAUUCGACAACAUAGUACAAUCAGUUCACAAGUUAGGGCGAUGACAGAGCAAAGUUGGCCACAAACUCAAAAAAGUUUAACUGGACCGCCUGCAUCCUUGGCAGAACAAUUAAAACAAGUCUUGGCUGAGAGAGAAAGGCGUCUUGGUGGAAAUGAUUUGUCCUCUUCUAGAGAAAGUUCUGGAGAUUUUAGUGAUUUGAAUAAUCCACAUAAUAAUGAUCCCACUUUAGUAACUCAUCAUCUUGUGGAAGAAAUAAGACAAGCUGUGAAUGAAGCUAAUCAAAGAGUAAAAAAAGUUACGAUACCUUCGGCUAACUUAAUUAGUAGUAGCGGUGCACCAUGGCAUCAUCCUGGUAGUUCUCCUUCAAGUUUAUCAUCUGGAGGAUCCGUGAGUCCACCUGCUGUUGAUCCUAGCCCAUCUAAAACAGGUAGCGCAGAUUCGAGUGAAGUUUGGUUGCCACCUCAUUCAAGUGACUUUGGUUUAGGUGACAAGAAAUCACACUUUUGGCAGAAUGCGCCUGUUACCGAUUGGUCUAAGGAGCAAGUCUGCCAGUGGUUAUCAGGAAUGGGCUUGGAACGACAUGCUCCUCGAUUUUUGGAAAAUGGAAUCAACGGUGGAAAUCUUUUACGUCUUGAAUCUCGAGAAUUAAAAGCUUUUGGUAUUUAUGGCGAAGAAAAGGCGCAUCUUAAGCGGAAGUUGAAAGAGCUUAGAGCACAAGCGGAUAGAGAACGCAAGGAACGUAAAGAAAUAGAACGAAUGCGGAGAAAGGCUGAAAAGGCAGCACGGAAGAAAUAAUUCGUAAGAAUAAUGAUGUUAUUCUUUUUAAAUGAACUGCAAUAAUAUUGUCGAACAAAAUUAAUAUGGUAUGCAUACUGUUGAGAUAUAUUACUAUACAAUUUUUCUUGCAUCAUUAUAUCCUACAACGGACACUCUAGAUGUAUUAAUUUUUUCAAAGAACGUGUGGUGUGUGUAUGUAUGCGUAUGUGUAUAUAUAUACAUAACGUGUAUAUAUAUACACACAUAUAUAUAUACACAUAUAGACAGAUAGAUAGAUAGAUAUAGAUAUAGAUAUCUUCCAGAACAUUUUCAAUUAAAUCACGAUUGUCGAAUAAGAAAUAUCAAUAUUGUACAUCAGUUUUUUCUCAUGAAGCAUCCAGCAUAUGUAUAAUGCUCCAUAAAGUAAAAGUAUUUUGCAUUUAUUUAUCAACAAUAUACUCAUAUCAUAACUAUAAUUAUAUUUCUGUUAAUCACGAACAAUUUGUAGAGAACGACAAUGGAUAUAAUUUGAGGAAAAAAAAAAAGAAAGAAAUGGUAUGUGUUAUGUAACAUGUCUAUAUGCCAUGUAUGUGCAUGUGAAUUUCAACUUACGUUGGAAAAUAGCUUCCAACGUAGGUUAAAAAUCAGUGAUAUGUAUGUACAAAAGUCAAGCCAUUUAGAUAUAUUGUCUCUUUUAUGAGGCAGACUUCUAUUUACUGAUUGUGUAUUUAUUUUUACUACCUAUUAAUGGUAUAACAUCAAUUUUCCAUAAUUAAUAGUGUAACAUUAUUAAUACAAUAGAAAGGAUAUUAGUAUAUUGGAACAAGUGGCUGUCCCUUAUUAUGUAGAUUAUAAAUUACCAACGAAUUUUUAAUUAUCAAUGCAAUAUACGUUAUAAAUAUUGCUGUAGAUAUAAUUAAAUUGUGAAAUAAUGUUCUUUACUUAUAUUUGUUACGACUAGAUUUAUUAAAAUCAUUUUUCAAUAUAUAUAUAUAAUGAAAUUUUCUCAAAAUAAGAAUAGAUAUUAAACGCGAAUAAUUUUUAAUUAUUCCUGAAUCGUAUAAAUUAUUUGUAACAUGCGCAGUAUAUCUGUCAAUUGUAUUAUGCACACUAAUCUAAUAUUUAAUUUUUCAAUGUUAAUUUGUGUAUUAAAUAAUGCCAUUUUUUAUACUGUAUUUGUAGACAUUCCAUAUAAAGUUAAAGAUAUAUCUUCAUUAACACAAAUAGAUAUAAAAACUAUAACAAAAGCUUCUAUGCUUAAAACGAGAUAUCAUUUAAUGCGCGCGGAUAUUAUGCAUUGUGUAUUAAACUAUUCUGUGUUAAUACAAGACUAAGUAACCAAACGAGAACACGUAUACGAAUAUAUCUUUAAUACAAUGGUUACGAGACUCGUUUGGUUACAGUAUAGACAAACGUGCAUUGCACGUGUACUUAUUUAUACUAGCUUUAAGAUUAUUUUAAGUUUAAGUACUUUUUUUUUAUUUUGUCCAACGUAAGUUAAAAUCAGUUCAAUUUUUUUGUUUUUUAUUUCUUCUUAUUAGAGACAAUUGAACAAGUAAAACACUUAUAAUUGAAAUGCAUUGUAUAUAUAUACAUUGAAUAAUUAUUAAUCUAAUAAUUGAGAAGUUAAUCUAAGGCAUAUAUAAGAUUAUAAUUAAAUAUUAUAGUGUCAUAACACAUCUAUGAUAAAUUAUAGUUUUUAAUUUGAUAAUCGAACUAUUUAUCGGAGUCCUCCAUUUUUUAACAGUACUAUGUACCAUGAUAUCUCUUACAAAAAGAAAAUGGUACACUCGUUUUUGUUAUUAGAAUCACAACGAAAUGUGGGAAUACAUCGAGACACUUAUAAUAUAUAAUGUCACUUGAUUUUUCAGAAUUAUUGUGAAAACACAUAUAUAUACAUAUAAUGUAUUAUUUACAUUUACAUAUAUUAAAACACUCGAAAGUCCUACACUUCGUCUGUAGAUAAAAUUUCGAUUCUGUAAGAACAGACAUUGAUAUAAACUGACUGAUUUACGAUAAGUUUUGUAGUCAAUUUUCAACGAACAAUAUAAAUGUGUAAUUUCAUAAAGUGUCAUGUGUGUCCAAAAGUACAUUUUAGUCUAGCGCAAGAACCAAAAUAAGCACAUUUUGACAAAACUCUAUGUGUCUGUCUUUUUCAUACAUUUUUUCAUUGAUUUUAAAUUAUUAUUCAUUAAAAUAGAAAAUCUAUACAGAAUAGACCCAGUAACGCGGGAGAAAUGUGCUGUUACAUGGGUGGCAGCUUUUUUCGACAAUGUCUACAAAAAUAUUGUCAACAAAAUACUCUCUUAAACGUUUUAAUUAAAACUGAUUAAAAUAAUAA